AGUCACCAGCUGACAAUAAACAGAAAGAGGGCGGGGCCAACAAACACAAAUCAGGAAGUAAAUCAACAACAUCAGGAGGCCGACUAAAAUUAAAAUUAUUCGUAUUCUUUUUGUAGGUAUGCAUUUUGUUUUCCAGUUAAUCUUCUCGUAACUGUCCGAGUUUGCAUGAAGCAACUCCAAUUGAGCUGCAGCAUGGAAGAGACCAGUCGGGAGGCAGUUGCCACAGCAGUGCAGCGUGUGGCUGGGAUGCUGCAGAAAUCAGACCAGCUGGAUAAAGUGGAGCAGUACAGACGGAGAGAGGCUCGUAAGAAGGCCUCUGUGGAAGCCAGGUUAAAGGCAGCGAUCCAGUCUCAGUUGGACGGGGUACGGACUGGUCUGACCCAGCUGCACAGUGCCCUGCUGGAUGUUAAAGACAUCCAGAGCUCUCUGGCCGCCGUGAGCAAAGACUGGAGGCAAAGCAUCAACACCAUCGAGAGCCUAAAAGAUGUCAAAGAUGCUGUGGUUCAACACAGUCAGCUGGCCUCUGCUGUAGAAAACCUCAAAAACAUUUUCUCUGUGCCAGAGAUCGUGUUAGAAACACAGCACCUGAUCGAGCACGGCGAGCUGCUGCAGGCCCACAGGAAGCUGAUGGAGCUGGAGUGUUCACGGGAUGACCUCAUGUACGAGCAGUACCGCAUGGACAGCAAGAACACCAGUGACAUGAACCUCAUCUCCAUCUACUUUGAAGAUGUUCAAGGAUUGUCUGAUGAGCUGGCCAAGCAGCUGUGGAUGGUACUGCAGAGGUCCAUGGUGACCGUUCGCCGGGACCCGACCAUGUUGGUGUCUGUGAUCCGCAUCAUUGAGCGAGAGGAGAAGAUCGAUCGGCGAAUGGUUGACCGAAAGAAACAGUCUGGCUUCAUCCCGCCUGGAAGACCCAAACGCUGGAAGGACAAGAUGUUUGAGGUGUUGGAGGGCACUGUCAGCACCCGCAUUGAGAGCACCCAGGCAGUGACCAGAGAGGUGGAUAAAAUGUGGCUUGUCCGUCUGCUCGAAAUAACAAGAAAAUAUGUUCUUGAUGACCUUAUUAUUGUGAAAAACCUCAUGGUGCAGUGCUUCCCCCCACACUACAACACCUUCAACAGGUUUUUCGGCCUCUAUCACAACGCGGCGUCGUCUCGUGUUAAGGAACUGGCUUUAGAUGACUUGGAGGCAAAUGAAAUUGUAUCUCUUCUAACCUGGGUUCUCAAUACAUACAAAAGUGUUGAGAUGAUGGGCCAUCCAGAUCUGUCCUCAGAGUGUGACAUAAAUCAGCUGGAGCCUCUGCUGCCUCAGGAGGUGGUGAACGAACUGCUCAGCAAAUAUGUCAAGACUUUUACUUCUAAUAUAACAGGCUGGCUGAGGAAAGCUCUGGACACAGAUAGGAAGGACUGGCAGAAGGAAACAGAACCUGAGGCGGAUCAGGAUGGAUAUUACCAGACUACACUGCCAGCCAUCGUCUUCCAGAUGUUUGAGCAGAACCUGCAGGUUGCUGCACAGAUCGAUGGAGACUUCAAAGAACAAGUUCUAAAGCUUUGUCUGAAACAAAUGAACUCUUUCCUUAUCAGGUACCGGGACGAGGCGGUGGCGUAUAAAGAGGAUCACCUGAGGGACCGGCAGCUGCCUCAGUGUUAUGUUCAGUAUAUGAUCGCUAUUAUCAACAACUGCCAGACAUUCAAAGAGUCCAUCAACAGUCUGAAGAGGAAGUACUCCCAGUCAUCAGAGUUCAGUGACAGCGACACGGUGAUUGAAAAGACUCUGAACGAGGUGGCCAAGGACGGCUGUCAGUUCCUCUUAGAUGAAGUCUUCUUGGACCUGGAGAACCACCUGAAUGAGCUGCUAACCAGGAAGUGGCUGACAGGUUCUCAUGCUGUGGACACCAUCUGUGUGACUGUGGAGGAUUAUUUCAAUGACUUCAACAAAAUCAAGAAACCUUUCAAUCAGGAGAUGACAAAGGAUGCCUUGCGCAGGGUGGUGGUGGAGUACAUUAAAGCAGUUAUGCAGAAGAGAAUCACUUUUAAAAAUGCUGAAGAGAGGAAAGAUGGAGCCGAGAGGAUGAUCAAAGAAGCUAAACAGUUUGAGUUCCUCUUCAAGAAGCUGGCUGCGGGCGAAGAAACGGACAGACUUUGUGGAGCCAUCGCCGCCAUCGCUGAAGUGUUCAAGCUGACUGAUCCCACCCUGUUGUUCCUGGAGGUCUCCACUUUGGUUUCAAAGUAUCCUGACAUCAGGGAGGAGCACAUCCAGGCGCUGCUGUCGGUGCGCGGAGACGCCAGCAGAGACAUGCGCCAGAUGAUCAUCGGGACCCUCAGCGAGAACAAAGUCUCCUCCGCCAACGUCACGCAGUCCAUAUUCAAAGAUAUUACUGUUCCCACCAUCACCAUGACCACCAUGACCUCUAUGGCAACGGCAAAGCUGCUGAAAUAAAGACUGACGCUACGUUUACUUUCAUCACUUCAACACAAAGAGAGCUUUUUCCUGUUUGAUUCAUCGGAUUCCUUUUCUUUCCUCCACUUUUUGUUUUCUGUUCGUCUUUAACUAACCUCACCAAUGAAAUCUGAUCUGAGCUGAACAUUAUGCUGAUAUUUCUCUUCAUUUUAGUGUUUGCUGAAGCUACUGGGGUAUGGUAACUUUAAAAAACAAUUACUUUGAGAGAGUUUUUAAUUUGCCCACUGCUUAGUAAAAUCUUUUGCUAACAGGCAAAGAUCUUGCACGAGUUACCACUUAGAUUUGUGAGCGAUGCUCAUCUAAAACAAUGCUAAACUUUAGUUUGAAAAGCUGAAUUGUAGCCAGUUGAGUGCUUUCUGAGGUCCGUUGCUUGUGGCAGCCAUCUUGAUUGGAUCAGACAAUGGUUACUGUAAGAGUUUCAUUAAAACCCACCCACUACUUCAGGAUAUAUUUUGCUAAGACAAACAGAAACAUUCUGCAGCAGGUGAUAACAAAAGCAACGGUUCAGAGUAAUGAAGAAUAAAGUGAACGUGGAUGUGUUCUUGUUUUUUCAGAAUCUGUUUAAAAUGUGGUCCUGAAACAGCUGAUUGGUCCCUCAGUUUUUUUAGCCCAUCCUUAAACAAACCUGUUUGCAGCUUGCUGUUAUGUAUGAAUAAAUGAUACUUUAUUGAUCCCAAGGAGAAAUUACAGCUCCGAACACCUGUUCACAAGACAGAACAUAGAACAACAGGUUCCCACGUCUUACAGCCAUAGACCCCUGAACAGGGCAAGGAUCAUCAUCAUGAAAACAUGACGAGGCGCUACCCUUAAAAGAAAAACAAAAUACCACAUAAGGAUGGAUGAGGAAAAACAUCAAAACAUAUCAUGAAAAGUGACACUAUGGUAUUUACAAAAAAAAAAACCUCUGCAGAGCAAAGUUUCAGUCAACGUGGAGGAUGGGGGGUGGAUAACACUGGUAGCUUAGAACAAAGGCAGAAAUGUUUGAAUGCAUGUGUGAGCAGCUGAAAAUAAAUUUGUAACCAGUCUCCAAA